GGGUAUGAAUGGAUAGGGUCUAAUGAAACAAACAGGCUGGCUCACAAAACUGUGGAUAGUGUACCAUGCAACAACCUGGAAAGAGGAUUGACAGUCGUGAAAUACAUAGGAGAGCUAAUGAGAGAAAAUGGAUUUAACAGUGUAGCUGACAGAUAUGGAAAAUGGAUAGGUUUGUGUAAAGCAAAAUCAAAAAAUAGCUUGACAUGGAAUAAUAGGAAAUACAGAGCUGAUGGAAAUCUAAAAUUAAUAGGGUUACUCCUUCAACACAGAGCUAACAGAGACCUGGAUAGUGUAACUGAUGUAGAUCUCGCCAGUGUCAACAAGAUUAUGACAGCCUACCUAGAUACAGGAUACAGAGCUAACAGCGACAUGGAUAGUGUUUUAGACAGCUUUCAGGCAAGAGAGAUAUAA